CAAGAUGGCGGCGCGGUCGAGUCGCUAAGAGGAGCGGCAGGUGGAAGAGGGUUAGAAGGCGGCUCGGCUGGGCUUCGAGCCCCGGGCCCUGCAGAACGUCCCCGGAUGAGGGGAAUGCAGACGGGACGGGACUCGCCGCCGCGCCUCUGAGCGCCUCGAGCCCCCCGCAGCGACUGCGGCUCCCUGGCUCCCCGUCGGGGCCCCCUCGCGCUCGGGGCCGCCGCUGGCGAUGACCGGAGAGAAGCUGCGCUCGCUGCGCAGGGACCACAAGCCCAGCAAGGAGGACGGGGACCUGCUGGCGCCCGGCGAGGAGGAGGCUGCGGCCGCGCCCGGCGGGGGAGGCGCCUUCACUGGGGGCCGAGCGGGAAGCGGCAAGGGCGGCCGCGCCGGGAGCCACCGCAUCUUCACCAACCACCAUCACCACCGGCUGCCGCUCAAGGGAGGAUCCGGGGGGGCGGCCGUCGCCGCCGGCCCCGAGUCCGACAAGUGUUCCGCGGCGCAGUUUCCUGUCCACGAGUCUGUCUUCAAGGGGGACGUGAGGCGGCUGUCAGCGCUGAUCCGCACGCAGGGCAUCGGCCAGAAGGACAGUCACGGAAACAGUCCUUUACACCUUGCUGUGAUGUUGGGACAUAAAGAAUGUGCCCACUUGCUUCUGGCUCACAAUGCUCCUGUGAAAGUGAAAAAUGCUCAGGGAUGGAGUCCUCUUGCAGAAGCCAUCAGUUAUGGAGAUAGACAAAUGCUUACAGCACUUCUAAGGAAACUGAAACAACAGUCUAGGGAAAGCGUUGAAGAAAAGCGACCUCGAUUAUUAAAAGCCCUGAAAGAGCUAGGUGACUUCUAUCUUGAACUUCACUGGGAUUUUCAAAGUUGGGUGCCUUUACUUUCCCGAAUUCUGCCUUCUGAUGCAUGCAAAAUAUACAAACAAGGUAUAAAUAUCAGGCUCGACACAACACUCAUAGACUUUACUGACAUGAAGUGCCAACGAGGGGAUUUAAGCUUCAUUUUCAAUGGUGAUGCUGCACCCUCUGAAUCCUUUGUAGUUUUAGACAAUGAACAAAAAGUUUACCAACGAAUACAUCAUGAGGAAUCUGAGAUGGAAACAGAGGAAGAAGUUGACAUUUUGAUGAGCAGUGAUAUUUAUUCUGCAACAUUAUCAACCAAAUCAAUUACUUUCACACGUGCCCAAACAGGAUGGCUCUUCCGAUUCAGAGAAGACAAAACAGAAAGGGUAGGAAACUUCUUGGCAGACUUCUACCUGGUUAAUGGGCUUGUAUUGGAAUCAAGGAAAAGGCGAGAGCAUCUCAGUGAGGAAGAUAUUCUUCGAAAUAAGGCUAUCAUGGAAAGCUUGAGUAAAGGUGGAAACUUAAUGGAACAAAAUUUUGAGCCUGUCAGAAGGCAAUCCCUCACGCCGCCGCCACCCAACACAAUUACAUGGGAGGAAUACAUAUCUGCUGAAAAUGGAAAAGCACCUCAUUUGGGUCGGGAACUGGUUUGCAAAGAAAGCAAGAAAACAUUUAAAGCUACAAUAGCCAUGAGUCAAGAAUUUCCUCUAGGAAUUGAAUCGUUAUUGAAUGUUUUAGAGGUAAUUGCACCUUUUAAGCACUUUAACAAACUGCGGGAGUUUGUGCAGAUGAAGCUUCCACCAGGCUUUCCUGUAAAGUUAGACAUACCUGUGUUUCCUACCAUCACAGCCACUGUGACUUUUCAGGAAUUUCGUUAUGAUGAGUUUGAUGAAUCAAUCUUCACAGUUCCCGAUGACUACAAGGAGGACCCUAGCCGUUUUCCUGAUCUUUAACUUAACUGGAAAGUUAACAGUGAAUAAAGAAUACCAGCAUGCCACAGUGAAAGAGCGGAUGCAAAUAGCCCACAGAUGUAUGUCUGGAAGUGGGUGAAAUUGGAAGGGAUAAACUUGCUUAAGUGAAUUCAGAAAGGGAACACACAGUGAAUCUCAGUAGGUUGUACUAUAUAGCAAGCAUCCAUGUAGUGUCUAAAUGGCAGCAGAUAUCCUGAUGUGUCACUUGCAUUUUUAUAAAUCCUGCAAGCAUGGUAGCCUGGCACCUCAGUGAUCCCCCAUGGAUACUUACAUAACAGCUAUAAGGACUGUAACUAUUUUUAAAAUUUUUACGUUUCUUCUUGGUAAUAAAAAGCACUCUUGGACCAUUAGCAUAAACUGAAAUGUCUUAUCUGGAUAGUAAACCCUUUAAAACAUCCAUCUUACUCAAGAUGUCCUUAAUCUUCCUUCAUGCUUUUUUAACAUAAAGUAUGUAAUAGUUCAGUAAAUUAAAUGUUGGUUGAGCAAGUAGUAAAAGAAAUUAAUUUUAUGUAGAUGAAUGAACCAAAUGGUAACCACUUUAAACAGUUGCAUUUACAUACUGCAAUACAUUUCCAAACUAGAGCAUUCACUCUGCAGGGAAUAAGGUACCUCCUUUAGCACCUUUAGUGCAAUUCAUUGUGGUGCUACCCAUAUUUUUACCCGAACUGCUAAUUUCUCCACUGAAAAUUGUUUACUAAUAGUCUCAUGAAAUCUGCAGAUGUUAUUUUUUUUCAAGGUUGUUGGAAAUGUCCUUGCUGUGUUUGAUGUUGGAGAGCAUGCAUGGGAGAAUUCUUCAUUUGCCCUGAAGGCUGAAUUGCUGGCAUUCUUUUGGGUAUAUCCGAUUUGUUGAAGCUGCCCAUCAGGCAAACAAACUAGUAUUGAUGUCCAGCAGUAUAUGGGAAUAGGCUAAAUAUUCUUGGAAAUUAUCCCCCC